AUGAAGUUCCUUUUCGUGUGUGUUGCGUUAGCGUUGCUCGGUGCCACAGUGGCCGAAAAGGCCCGGUACGAUAACUACCGUGUGUACCGCGUUCGUAUCCAGACCGAGCAGCAGCUAGAGCUACUCCAAGCCAUCGAACAGUACCCCGAUGGAUACCGCUUCUGGAGCGAUCCGGUUAAGGUUGGCACCGAAGUGCAACUCGUAGUGCCACCGCACAAACGUGGCCAUUUCUCAGAAAUACGGGCCAAGCUGGGAUUGCGGGCACAGCUGCAAAUUGCCAACCUGCAGGAGCAGAUCGAUCGAGAAUCGCGCCCAUCGCUGCGCCGGGAAACGUUCGGAUGGAAUGCGUACUACCGUACGGAUGCGAUCUACGCUUGGUUGGAUAGCUUGGUGGAGAGCUUUCCGGGUAUCGUCACGCCACUCAACGUUGGUAACACGUUCGAGGGCCGACCGAUCAAGGGAGUGAAGGUAUCGUACAAGGCGGGUAAUAAGGGCGUCUUUAUGGAGAGUUUAAUCCAUGCCCGCGAGUGGGUCAGUGGAGCGGCGGUAACGUGGAUACUGAACGAGCUGCUCACGUCCAGCGAUCCGAAAGUGCGGAACAUUGCGGAGAACUACGAUUGGUACUUCUUCCCGGUGGCGAAUCCGGAUGGUUACGAGUACACCCAUACAACCGAUCGUCAGUGGCGUAAAACUCGCUCGGAAGUUAGCGUGUUGUGCCGUGGAGCGGAUCCUAACAGAAAUUGGGGAUACAACUUUAUGCAGGGUGGUGCCUCCAGUGUACCGUGUUCUGAUACGUUUGCUGGUCCGUCUGCAUUCUCGGAAGUGGAAACCCGCCAGCUGUCGGACUUCAUUAGCUCGUUGGACAACUUGAGCACCUACCUUGCGUUCCAUUCCUACACGCAGCUUCUACUGGUGCCCUACGGUCACACUACCGCUCGGCUCGACAAUUACGAUGAAACGAUUGCAAUCGGUACGAAGGCGAUCAACAAACUUCGGGAGCGUUACGGUACAACCUACCGAAUCGGCAACAUUGCUGAAGCGAUCUACGUCGCUUCCGGAGGUAGUAUCGAUUGGGUCAAGGGAGUCCACAAGAUUCCUCUAGUGUACGCGUACGAGCUGCGCGAUCUUGGACAGUACGGAUUUGUCCUGCCACCGGAACAGAUUAUCCCAACGGCGGAGGAAACGCUCGAUUCGAUCAUUGUGAUUCUGGAGGAAGGUGCAAACUAUGGCUAUCACUAA